AAUUGACAUCGUUCAUAUAAAGUACCAGUUUCCAUAUGUUAUAUAUUUGUUAUAUAUUUCAAUAUAUAACUAUUUCAUAUUUCAAUACAUGUUAUAUAUUUCAAAGUGGUGAUACAUCAACUUGAAUAUUUCAAUUAUAUUUUCAUCACAUUUUCACAUUUUAUCCUUAAAAUGUGGAAAAAAGGAAUUGUUUUAUUUGUCAUACUCGGAGUUUAUCAGGCCUCGGGUAUGAUUGAGAAAAUCUUGUCAACGGCUAAACCCAUAUGGAAAUACCUGGGGAAUGGUGGAAUAUCUUUUGAAGAAUUGGAUCUCGCAGUCCAGCAACUCAAAGAUUAUGAUGAAAUCGCUUUUGCUGGCACGCGUGGACCCCAACGCCCGGAAUUCUCGAUGGAAGAGGAAAAUCAAAUGGAUCGUUAUGAACUUCAAUAUAGAAAGGCUAUGAGCGGAGUUAAAAUCGAUCAUGAGGACCUCAGCGAAAGCAUGAAAGACUGGCAAAUGCAUAAAAAAGAGUCUGCAGUGACGGAUAUUACAGGCAAUAUUGCCAAAAUGUGCGAUGUACUGAUUGAACAAUUCGGUAGCCAAGGAAUUCUCAAAUUGAUGUCUCAUCAAGAUAUUCAUUUUCUUCAACCCAAUAAAACAGGAAUUCAAGAGAACAUGCUUUACUAUUUCGAAUCGAUGAUGAUUUCUGAAAUAAAGGUCCUCCAUGUAUUAUCUCAAGUUUUCAAGCCCUAUGAGUGGCACAGAAGGAUGAAGCACGCUGUGAACAGGUUCGAAAAGUAUUAUCUGACUUACAUCACUACCCUGUUCAGCGCUCUGGAUAAUACUUCGCAAAUUGUGAGAUUUAAUGAUGCUUCAUCUUCUCGACGGUUUAAAGAUUUCAGAGAACGAGAUGAUUCACCUGUUGCAUAUUAUGAAAUCGGAGCAUUUAAGCAACCUUACGUUUAUUUAGAGCCAAAAAUGUUUAUAAAUAUGGUUUCGCGCAGAUUUUGCACGACCGGCACAUUCGGUACGACCGAGAGUUGCCCGAGGUUAAAAAACGAAGAAAACUGGUGUUUGGAAAUGAAGGAAAGCUCGAAGUUGUGUGUGGAGGACGAUCGAGUAACAAAGCUGUCUAUGUCGCCUGACAUAGCAUACGGGGAAAUGAAAUCUUGCUCUAUUGAUGAUCAACUGUAUUUUAGCGAUCACCCUAAAAGCAACACGUCCGUCUCUAGGUGUUUUUGCAAAUGCCAUCGAAAUUCUUCAACACAUUCUAUCAGUUUGAGCAUGAGUCGCGCGAAUGUGGUCAACAAUAUGAUUAUCACUGGUGCGAGAUUCGUACAGCACAAUAAAAUUCUUCAUAUUCAAGUGAAGCAGGGGAAAUUAAUGAAAGACGGUAAAGUUAAUCCAAAAACAGAGAGUUGGGUGCAACUGCCUCACAAUCCAGAAGUAAGAGCUAUAACCAUAGACUCCAGAACUUUCCUGCUUAAUAAUCCUGUUUUGCCGUUUGGAUAUGCUCUUAUUGGAGCUCAGUUCUUCAUGAAGCGAGACAAAAUCGCCAUUAGAAUAGUGGGGAAACAGUUUGAUAUGUCACAGGGAAUAUUGCUGCCAGGUCUCAUUCAGGUUUCUACGGAACCUUUCCAUAGAUUUGAAACUUUAACCUUUACCAAAGAAAAACCAGGUUUGGAUGCAGAAGGUUUGAAUGUUCUAUACACAUCAGAUUCCGGUCCGAACAGUCAUACUAUCCAAUUGGAGACUUUGCCCAUCGAAAAAGAUUUUUUACAGUCGACAGUACCAUUCUUCGAUGCAGUAGCUGUCGAAACUAAACCACCAAGAGCAUUAUCGGGACUUGGAUUGCUUCAUAAAGGUGUUCAAAAUAUUUCUGGAUUAAUUUCCCUGGAGGUGCGUUUGCUUCCAUUCAGGAGAUAUUUGGCACAGUUGAUUAUGGACUACAGACCCGGAAAUUUAUUGAGCGGAUGGAUCUCGAGUUCAUCUAGAUUGCAAUACAUCCUGGAUGUAGGUCGGAGAAUAUCCACCCUGAUGACGGAACUGUCUGAAUUAGCUUAUGGUGACCAUUUGAAAUUAAGCCUAAGAAUGAAGGCAGGAUUCGAUGGCAUUAUACAGAAUGUAAAUAAUAUUAAUUAUAACAUGGAUGUGGCAAAUCUCGUGGCUAUGGGGCAAGAUUCGACGGCAGUAUCUUUGCGAGAAAAAUUAAAACGGUGGAUGGCAGGAGCUAAGCCAAUACUGGAGACGAUUGAUGAAUCGUACGAGUGGGUUUUCAGUACUAAUGUGGCGGUCAAUUUUACCUUCGCAAAAUUGCUGUUACCAAAGCUUGAAAAAACAUUUGAUGAUUUUGAAAUUUUCCUCAAUUCAUCACUAUCUUUGACAACCCCAGGACAAGAGGACAACUUCAUCAAUACUUUUUUUAAACUGAAUUCGUUGGCCGCCGAUACUCAAUGCAAAGGCGGGCAAACGAUGCACCCCCUCUUAACUCAACUCUUCCAAGUAACAAUAGGCUAUGAAGUGAAAGCGAUGAUUGCCUUGGUUCACAUUUUUGAAAUCAAAUCUCCUAUUCGACCGUCUUGGAAAAAGGAUCUAUUGGCCGCCCAACAAAAGUUCCAAGUUCGAUUCACCAAUUACGUCAAGUUAUUUUCUGAUGUCGUGAAUAAUUUCCCAUCACAUAUACAAAGCUGUGAUCCCAUAACCGCUGAGGCUACUGGAGGUAAAAUUCAUAUUGAAAGCAAAGGGAUCGGAGAGCCAUCAUACUUCUAUCAUAAGGCAAAAAUUAGCGACUGUGAAGAAGCAAUUGAAAAAAACAGGAUGAAGUGGCAUUAUAGCAAAGACAAGUGUUCGGGAAACAUUAAUUCCUGUAUUUCUGUCACGGAAGUCACCAUUUGCCGCUCGAAAAAUAAUCACACGGUGGAUGCAUGGACAGAUCGGAACGGAGGGCGAAUGAACCUGGGUAAUUGUACUGAAACACGAGGAAUAUGGGAAUAUUAUAGCGCGGAUUAUGACGAGGAUGAUGACGAUGAAACCAUCGUUAACGACAAGUAUUGUGUUUGCAGCUGCAACAAAGAACCUUCGAUUUAUAUAAGUUUGAACUUCAAUUUUGCUAAUGUGUCCAACAAUAUGGUCAUUACUGGUGUACAAUUUGUACUCCAAAAUAAAAUUCUUCACAUAAAAAUAAAGCAGGGACGAUUGAUGCCAAAUGGUUGGGUUGAUCCCUCCUCAAAUCAUUGGGUUGAUCCACCUCAGAAGCCAGAAAAAGUGCGCAUCAGUGCAGUUCAGAGGAGAUUCUUUCUCAAAGAUGUCAUUUUUCCAUCGGAUUACGCUGUGACUGGUAUUGGAUUUUACGAUGACAAUGGAUUUGGUAUCAAGGUGGAGGGACAAAAAUUCAACUUCUGGACCGGAACAUUGUUGGACGACAGUAUAGUAAUGCGCGAAACCAUAACACAUGACGAGGAUGAUAACUCUUUAAAAAGACUCUUCAAACCAACCAAAUCACCAAGCUGGUUGGAUUUGCACACGUCUCCCAUCGAAAACAGUGGCCACAACAAGUCACAACUAGUUCGACCUCGUUUUAAUGGUCUUACUGUUGAAGUUAAUCCACCUACACCACUUGGAGGCAUUGGUCUGUUUCAUCAAGGCUCCGACGGAGGGAAUGGAUUCCUUGCACUCAGAUUGCAUUCACUCGAUUUCAAAGAAGAUUUGAAACAUUUUAUCAAGCAGUCCAACAAGGGAUACUCAUUCCUAGAGGGUCUCUGAAGUUCGGAAUGGAUAAUAAUUUAUAAAAAUCAGUGAUAGUAAUCAAUUAUUGAAAAAGAAUGGUAUAGUGUAAUAAUGAAUAGUAUUGCAUGUAAAAUAAAUUCAUAAAUAUUGUCAGCCAAAUAAAUCGUCAGAAUAAAUUAAUGUCUGGAGU